UAGUCAUAAAGACAUGACUAACAACUUCUCCUAACAAGCUAUAAUUUGCACAGUGUAACAGUUUCUAGCAAAUCCAGGAGCCAAGUUUCAUAAAAGGUUCAGAAGAAACUCUUUUGUAAGGACUCUAGAAAAGAUGUGUACGUUCUCUUUGGCUUCUACUUCCAUGCACGUUCUAGACUCACUCCCAUCUUCUUCUUCAUCUUCUCCGUUUUCUCUUCCACUAUUACCCCUCUCCAAACCACAUUUUCACACCGUACCUGCAAAACCCAGAGCCCAUUUCUCACUCUACAUUACAUCCUUAGCUUCUUCUCCUUCUUCGUCUCCAAAAACCAAAGACGUAUGGAGAAAAACUCCCCUCAAAACGACACAGUUUCACAAACACCCCAAGAAGCAAAACCAACUCUUCUUGGACCACAGCGUGGACAUGGACGAACUCGUACAAUCAAUGAGUCAAACACAAAACGAACAAGAACUAUACGCUUUAUUAUCACCGUACAAAGACAGACAACUCUCAAUUCGUUUCAUGGUCUCGUUAUUAUCUCGGGAACAAGAUUACCAGAGAUCAUUAGCCAUUCUUGAUUGGAUCAAUGACGUGGCUCGUUAUUCGCCGUCCGUGUUUGCGUACAACGUUGUUUUGAGAAAUGUUUUGAGGGAUAAAAAAUGGGAGCUUGCACAUGGCCUGUUCGAUGAAAUGCGUGAGAGAGGUGUGGCGCCCGAUAGGUACACGUAUUCGACUCUUAUAACGUGUUUUGGGAAAGAGGGUAUGUUUGAUUCAGCUCUUUCUUGGUUGCAAUUGAUGGAACAAGACCGGGUUUCGGGUGAUCUUGUAUUGUAUAGUAACUUGAUUGAGCUUGCGAGGAAGUUGUGUGAUUAUUCAAAGGCAAUUUCGAUAUUUUCGAGGUUGAAGAAUGCAGGGAUUGUGCCUGAUCUCGUUGCUUAUAAUACAAUGAUCAAUGUGUUUGGGAAGGCGAAGUUAUUUAGAGAGGCAAGAUUGUUGAUUAAGGAGAUGAGGGAAGUGGGAGUUGUACCAGAUACCGUUAGUUAUUCAACUCUUUUGAAUGUUUAUGUUGAGAAUGGGAAGUUUGUAGAGGCGCUGUCACUGUUUGCUGAGAUGAAGAAAGUGGAUUGCCCGCUUGAUCUUACAAGUUGUAAUAUUAUGAUUGAUGUUUAUGGGCAGUUGGAUAUGGCUAAGGAAGCCGAUAGGUUGUUUUGGACAUUGAGGAAGAUAGGGAUUGAACCUAAUGUUGUUAGUUAUAACACCCUUUUGAGGGUUUAUGGUGAGGCUGAGCUUUUUGGGGAGGCUAUUCAUUUGUUUAGGUUGAUGCAAAGCAAGGAAAUUGAGCAGAAUGUUGUUACUUAUAACACGAUGAUGAAGAUUUAUGGGAAGUCUCUCGAGCAUGAAAAGGCGACUAAUCUUUUGAAAGAGAUGCAGAAUAGAGGGAUUGCACCAAAUGCCAUUACUUACUCAACAAUAAUAUCUAUUUGGGGCAAGGCAGGGAAAUUAGAUCGGGCUGCAAUCUUGUUUCAGAAGUUGAGGAGCUCUGGGAUUAAGAUUGAUCAAGUGCUUUAUCAAACAAUGAUUGUUGCUUAUGAAAGGGUAGGUUUAGUUGCUCAUGCAAAGCGUUUGCUUCAUGAGCUCAAGCAACCGGACAACAUCCCUAGGGAGACUGCAGUAUCUAUUCUAGCAAAGGCAGGUCGGAUAGAGGAGGCUACUUGGAUUUUUAGACAGGCUUUUGAGGCUGGGGAGGUCAAGGAUAUAUCAGUAUUCGGUUCCAUGAUUGAGCUUUUUUCAAGGAACAAGAAGCAUGCAAAUGUCAUUGAAGUGUUUCAGAAGAUGAGAAGUGCAGGAUAUUUCCCUGAUUCUAAUGUGAUUGCUCUUGUGCUGAAUGCUUAUGGAAAGCUCCAGGAAUUUGAGAUGGCAGAUGCUGUGUAUAAAGAGAUGCAAGAAGAAGGUUGUAUCUUUUCUGAUGAAGUUCAUUUCCAGAUGCUGAGUCUGUAUGGUGCAAGAAAGGACUUCAACACUAUGGAGUCACUUUUCGAAAAGCUGGACUCUGAUUCUAACAUCAACAAAAAGGAGUUGCAUCUGGUUGUUGCUGGCAUAUAUGAACGAGCAAAUAGACUAAAUGAGGCAUCACGAAUUAUGAAUCGAAUGAAUGAAAGAGGAACUUCAAAGCCAUAAACUUUCAGAAAUGCUAAUUGUUCUGGAUCUAUAAUUUUUUUCCCUACAGUUGUAAAUUUAUUUUGUUGUGCAGAUUGUGCUACAUUAAAUGAAUAUAUUUUCUUUUCAAUUCUCAUCUUUAUACAAUCACUCCCUUCUGUAAUUGUCUUCUAGAUUAAUGAAAAAACAGUGGCGUAAGCAUUAC